AUGGAAACUAACCUCGUCUAUGCAUCUGCGGGCUAUCCAAAAAAGUGGACAAUCAGAAACAGAUACGGUUAUACAUAUGCAAAGAUCGCAUACUUCCAACCGUACCUUAUUGUAUUUGAUGGCAUCGAGGAGGAACAGUGGGACUUCGUAAAAUUUAGCCUCCCUGAAAAUACUGGAAGCAGAGUAAUAGUGACAACAAGAAUUCAAACAGUAGCUGAAAUUUGCUGCAACCAUGGUAACAAUGGCUAUGUGUACAAUAUGAGAUCUCUUGAUGAGAAGCAUUCCAAGGAUCUGCUAGAUGUUGUAUUGAAGAGACCUUUGAUUGGUUUGGAGCAGAGUUCAACAUUAAUCGUGAACAAAUGCCAUGGUCACCCACUAACUCUUUUUAGUGUGGCCAAUUAUUUGGGGAGAAAAAGAGAGUUCACAGAAACAGACUGCAAAAACUUUUGGAAUGAUCUAGGUUCUCACAUUGCAAAGGAGUAUACUUUCAGAAAGCUGCAAAAAAUUCUUCUAAACAGCUACAGAAGCCUGCCUGCUCAUCCCGUCAAUCUGAAGACCUGCUUACUGUACGUGUGUGUGUUUCCAAAUGGCCAUCCCAUCAAGAGGAGCAGUUUGACGAGGAGAUGGUCAGCCGAAGGAUACGUGCAGGAUCCAGAUCCAUGCAAAGCUGUGGAGGAUGCAGAUAAAAGCUUAGAGGAACUAAUAGACCGGAACAUCAUUCAGCCAAUCAACCCAAGGAAGAAUGGAAAAGUGAAAGCGUUCAGAGCUCAUGGCAUCAUGCAUGAGUUCAUGCUACACAUUUCCAUGUCUGCUAAGUUCAUUACAACUCUUCGUGAUCCGCAGAGAAGCAAUUAUCGUCACCUCUUCAUGAAUGAAGACGCUGCAACUUCAAGUGGCAGAGUAUUGAACGUGAACCAUCGUCACAGCUGCCCUGCAAUUGGAGGGAGGCCUGGCAAUGAGAAACUGAGAGCUCAUUCUCUGACGAUCCGUGGGAGUGCAGGGAAAGCUGUUGUGGAUUUUGCUAACUGUGAGCUGCUUCGAGUCUUGGAUAUAAAAGACUGCAAUGAUUUGAAUGAUUAUCAUAUGGACAGCAUACACAAACUGUGGCAUCUGAAAUAUCUAAGUCUCGGCCCUACAAUAAGCUGCCUUCCAAGACAAAUUGAGAAAUUGCACUGUUUAGAGACACUUGACAUGAGGAAGUCCAGGAUAGAAAUAUUGCCUGUGGAAGUCCUAAAGCUGCCCCACCUAGCUCACCUUUUGGGGAAGUUCAAACUUGAGAAGAGAUACAGGAAGAUGUCUGAAUUAGGCAAGUUCUUGCCAAAAGAAAGCAACUUGCAGACUCUAGCAGGAUUUGUCACAGAUCGCAACCCUGGAUUUCCAAUGCUAAUGAUUCGUAUGAAGAGGUUGAGAAAGGUUAAGAUAUGGUGCAAUGACUUCUGUAGUAAGACGUUGGUUGAACUCUUGGCCGUUAUCAAGAAGUUUGUUGAGGAUGAAGCGGACACAAGUAUUGGGGUCCGCUCUCUAUCACUACAUCUCGGGCAUUACUCCCGGAAAAUCCUGCAUUCUCUAGAAAAUUCGUUUGGCUAUCUCAGUUCCCUGAAACUACAUGGUGCACUGAGGGAACAGACCCAGUUUGUUACAUCACUGUGUGGUCUAACUGAGUUGUGCCUUUCAUCGACUAAUAAUCUGAUGGACAAUGAUAUCUCAAACCUACGCAAGUUGAUCCACUUGGAGUACCUAAAACUGGUUGAAGUCAGCCUCGGAGGCUUCAUCAUCAGAAGACGAGAUUUCCCAAGGCUGCGACGCCUAAGCCUUGUGCAGAGUCCAACCCUUCCUACAAUUGAACAAGGAGCAUUGCGGAAUCUCAUUUCCCUUCACCUUCUAGAUGAACGUCUAUGUGACUUAGCUGGCAUUGAAAUCAGAAGGCACGAACACCUGCAGGAAAUUGCUCUUGAUUCUGAAAUCAAGCAGGAGGCAAAAACGGUAUGGCAAGAUGCAGCUAAGAAGCACCCAAAGAGGCCAACGGUUUUGUAUCUCAAAAAAGUUGAUCCGCAGAGAAUGGGUUCCAUGGUGAAAUAUGUAGCACUUGAGGCUGAAUCCUGCAGCAUGCAUGAGGAACGAAGAGUCCAUGUGCUUCCAUCGGUUUCAGAUGAAGAACACACUUCAGCUUUGAAUGAUGUAAAUUUUGCAGGCCCCUCUGUGGCUUCAACCGAGCUGCACUGUGAGAGGAAUGACGGCCUUAUGGCGUGUUCUACAAGAGCAUCAAUUCAGGUGGAGGCUCAGGGAUUAUUGCAAUCAUCUUCCAUGUUCGAUCAGCAGUUACCUGUGGGUAUUCCGCAGGAGAAAGCCAAAGCUGCUGCUCAAGAGACCAAGGGUGAGAUCUCCUUAAGUUCUCAUAAUCCUAAUUUUGGUGGUCUGGAACAUGGAAAGCGAUCACAGAGCGCUGAUGAUCGUGGAAGGAUGAAAGAAUCUAACUAUGAUGCUGAUCAUGAAGAUGAUGGUAAAGAUAAGAACUAUAAGAGACAUAAGAGUUUUUCAGGAUAUCAGAAAGCAGCGCCGGGGAUCAUGAUCAAGGAGACAGCUGUACAUGGCUUUACGAGUGCUGUGAGAAACACUGAUUAG